CCUGCCUUGUGGAAUUCUUUGGAUAAAACAUCAGUGACCACGAAAAAGACACGAGAAGCUGCGAGUUUUGCACUAGCAGUCUUAAAUACUCCCAUUGCUGAUAUGCUUCAUAUAACUUUCUACUGAUCAAGGUAUGGAAAAUGAAGAUAUAUCUGGAGGAGAAAGUGAUUGGGUUGAAGUACAAUCACCAUUCUUCACAACGAAAGCUCAUCGGAAUGAGGAUGACGAAAAUUCAGUGGUAAUCAAAGACAGUUUCUUUUCUACUGACCGUGCAAUUUUUCCACCAAGUAAUCAGGAAAACUUACCAGUUGUUUCUUUAACCAAGGACCAGCUGAUCGAGGAACAACAGCAGUCACAUAUUGAGGAACAACAGCAGUUACAUCCCUCGUCUUCCCCUGCCUCGUUGUCAUCUGAUGGCGAUCACCAGAGUGAGGUUGAAGAAGCUAAGGUUGAAAACAAAGACGGAAACUGGAUAAAAAGGGGUUUGGGAUUUUUCAGUUCUGGGAUUGAGAAAAUUGUUUCAAGAAUGAGGAAUUGUGCUGAUCGUAGAGCUAGCACGUGGUUAUUUGCUUCAGCAACAACUGGAGUGGGAGCAAUGCUGUUGGUGGUGGUGUUGUAUAGGAGAGCAAAGAGGUGGCGCGGGCAAGCGCUACCUGCAGAGAGCAAACAGCAUCUCAGACUUCUCAUCAGAGAAAAAGACCAGAAAAUCAAUCAACUUUUGCAUCAAGUAAUCCAGUUGAAUGAUAUGUUAUUGGCUCGUAGGAGAGUUCCAGUUGUUCAAGUUGCUUGAGCUGUCAAACUUCAUCAGUCCAAGAUCAUUUAAGAGUGUCUACAAGAGAGUGACUCAGGUCCUCUUCGAAAUGUCUUUCGCCCUGAAUAUCCAAGAUGUUGAUCCUUGACAAGAAACCGCAAAAUGUUUUCUGUAACACUUAAUUCAAGUCCUUAUCAACGAAGCUAUUGAAUGAUAUGUUUUCUGUAACAUAUUAAUUUCUGAUGCCUUGUGUACUGGGAGAUAUUCCCACGGGAUGCAACUGCAUGCAUUUUGCUACCCAAAACCUGUUUUCAGUUGCCUCUGAGCAGCAUAGUUCUCUGUUGGACAACUUGGUAAAAGUUCCG